UACCAACAGUACGUGCCUAUUUUAAAAAUUAUUUACACGCAUUUUGAAGUCGUCGUUUACAGUAAAAUAUUUUGACGUUUCUCUUCCUCACACGAUCAUGUGUUUAACACGCUUCUUUCUUCGCUGAUAAACAAAAUAAUAACAUUGUUGUUGGACUAAUUUGUAGAAGAAGACCAGAGAAAAAAGCGACAAACAAAAGCGAAUUAACGUAGAAGACGAACAAAUUUUGGCCGCCGAUUUGCUUGGAUUUGGUUGCUCAAAGUACCCGACGGUCGUGUUUUACGCGGUUGCCAGUGUAAAUUCCGCACAAAAAUUACCAUAGAAAACAAUAAGCGAAGUUCAACUAUACUUUUAUUAGAAAAUUACAGAAAGGUGCUACAAGUGUUUUCAACAAAAAUCUUCAUUUGAGUUCGUGCACAAAUUAUUGAAAUGCUGAAUAUUCCUAAUGAAAAUAAGGUCCGUGGCCACCAAAGAGCGCCAUCAGACUCGAAAGAAUUCCACGAGGUAACCAAGCGUGACGCGCUGAAAUCGCUCGAAAAUGAUUUGGAUCGUCUGCUGCGUACUGCAUCAGCAGAGAAGCGCUCUGAGUCGCAGAAGGAAAUGGCGCGAUUUAUCGAUUUGUUUGGUCGCUUUCUGCAAGAAGAGGGUCCUUCUCUUGACUGGAAUAAAAUUCAAAAACUACCAGCGAAUGCCGUCAUGGAGUAUUCAAAUCUGAGUUCGCCCAAAAACGAGCAGAUUCGCUCGAUGUUGGACAAAUUGGUUGUCGUUAAAUUGAAUGGCGGUCUGGGCACUUCAAUGGGUUGCCAUGGUCCCAAAAGUGUUAUUCCCGUGCGCUCGGAUUUAACGUUUCUUGAUUUAACAGUGCAGCAAAUUGAGCAUUUGAAUAAAACCUACGAUGCCAAUGUGCCGCUGGUGCUUAUGAAUUCAUUCAACACCGAUGAAGAUACCCAGAAAAUCAUACGCAAAUACACCGGUUUUCGUGUUCAAAUUCACACAUUCAAUCAGAGCUGUUUUCCGCGCAUAAGCCGUGAAUCCUUUUUGCCUGUUGCCAAAGACUUCGAUGUGGAUAAAGAUAUUGAUGCCUGGUAUCCACCUGGUCACGGUGACUUUUAUGAUACUUUCCGCAAUUCCGGGCUGCUAAAGAAAUUCAUCGAUGAGGGCCGUGAAUAUUGUUUCCUAUCUAAUAUUGAUAAUUUGGGCGCUACUGUGGAUUUGGCCAUACUGAAUAAAUUGGUGGGGGAGGAACGUUCCGCUCAACCUGUCGAAUUUGUGAUGGAAGUUACUGAUAAAACACGUGCUGACGUUAAGGGUGGUACCCUUAUUAACUUUGAAAACAAACUACGUUUGCUCGAAAUCGCACAAGUACCGAAAGAGCAUGUCGAUGACUUCAAAUCGGUGAAAACCUUCAAAUUUUUCAACACCAACAACAUUUGGGCGAAAUUAGAUGCUAUCGAUCGUGUGCUGCGCGAACGCACACUUAACAUGGAAAUUAUUGUAAACAACAAAACAAUGGAGAAUGGUGUGCGCGUUGUGCAACUGGAAACAGCCGUUGGUGCUGCUAUGAAAUGUUUUGAUGGGGCGAUCGGCAUCAAUGUGCCACGUUCACGUUUCUUACCUGUAAAAAAGACUUCUGAUUUGUUGUUAGUCAUGUCGAAUCUGUAUCACUUGAAAAAUGGCAGUCUGGCGAUGUCACCACAGCGCAUGUUCCCCACCACACCGCUUGUAAAAUUGGGUGAAAAUCACUUCUCCAAGGUGAAAGAGUUCCUCGGUCGUUUCGCCAACAUACCCGAUAUCAUUGAGCUUGAUCACUUGACGGUAUCCGGUGAUGUGACAUUUGGACGUGGCGUCUCGCUUAGGGGUACUGUUAUUAUUAUUGCUAACCAUGGCGAUCGUAUUGAUAUACCAGCUGGUGCCAUCCUAGACAAUAAAAUUGUGUCCGGCAAUAUGCGUAUAUUGGAUCAUUAAAAACGUUGCGUUGCACGAUUGCCGAUGCUGUCCAAAAAACGCAAAGACUUCUAUAUGAAAAAUAUCAGGAAUUAAUACGUAGAGUAGUAGUCAGUUGCAUAUUUUUAUAAGACAAAAAAUUCGGGAUAAAACAAAACAAAACAAAAAGAAAAAUAACUAAAAUAUCUAGCAGAAAGAAUUUUAUAAAGUAAUUUUGCAAGCCAUGCCCAUUAUGUGCGCAAGAAGCCCAUUAGUUGUUUGAAAAUGUUAAAUCGUUACAUGUAGUGAUUAGAGGAGAAAAUGUGGAAAUUUUAUUUUUUAGUGCAAUUAAGAGUUUCAAAUGGUUUAUAUGUAUACAAAAUAACCAUACGAAUUUAUUUCAUUAUCUAUCUUGCCGUUUUCGAAAGGCGGCUUUGCCACUCCCGAUUUGUGUGAUUUAAGUUUUUCCAAUUGUAGCCAUUUAUAGGAGUUAUUUUGCCAAAUUUUAUUUUGUAAACCCAAAGUGUAAUUUUUUGUAAUUAAAAUUGUUUUACUCGCGUAGGUUUAGCGUGAUAAAAUCCAAAAUAAUCGAGGGAACAUAAUAUACGUACAUUAUAUGUAUAUUAUGUAUGCAUGCCUAAAAUAAGAUUGUUGAGCAAUUUUUAAAAUAAAAUAAAUAUACAAAAAUUGAA